GCCAAUCAGACGGGAUUUGGGAAAUUUGAAUGCGCGAGGCGAGCUCGUGGAGGGGGGAAGCUGGUGUUUUGGGUCGCGCGGAGCUUCAAAGAUCAAACUAUGGUCAUUGGUGCUCUACGUUCAGUGCAGAACAAUCCAGCCAAUAUCUUGGAGAAAGGGAGCAAACAGAUCGACAGAGAACCUACGUCCCAAGUGCAACACCAUGACUCACAGGGACAGCCAAUGUUGCCCCUGGAUAAAAGCAAUGAGUUUAAUAAGACUUACAUCGUGUCAGCUAGUAAAAGAACUCUAGGACCUUCUAUACCAUCCAAAUCUGAAUGUAGAUUAACCCUGCAGAGAAGAAAAACUGUUGAUAGAGGAAAUCCUAGUGUUCAUGAUGCUGUUAAUAGAAAUGCUGAUUCAAGUGAAGGAGAAAGAAGACUUGCGUUGCAACGCCGUACCAAGGGAGGUAACUCCGAAAGAGGAAUUAGUAUUUUAAAAGAAAAUGCAGAUAGCCUGACGCAAAAUAUCACAAUCCAGGCAACAAAUAACCUUUUGCAAACCAAAGGCACCAAUUCCACAGGUUUUGUAUCUUCCAGUCUAUCAUUAAUACAAAAUGUUGGAAAUGCCAGAAGCAACCUUUCUGCAACUGCAAAGCCAACUUCAAUUGGCAGGAAAAAGGAAAAUCCAGUAACUUCUUCCUAUCGGUCAAAUUCAGUCAUGACUAUUAACAAAGUGCAAACCCUAAGCAAUCCAUCAAUAACGCCUGUUAAAAGGAUGGUAUCUGGUAAAUCUGAUGACAGUCAAGAAAAGGCAGAGGCAAUACCUUUCAAAAUAUCCUCCGAACAGAAUUUAGAUAGAAAUGAAACAUUAAGAACAGAUGGAAACAAAAUAACGAAGCCUGUUAAUCAGCAGGAAACUAAAAAUCAAAGUCAUUUUGUUAAAUCAAUGGCCAGAGACUUCCAAAAAAAACAACCGACAAUGGAAUCUGGGAUCAAUAACUUAAAAUAUUCCACAAAUGCAGUCGCAAAUUGUGGAGAUGGAAAACUACCAAGAAGUGGAAUGGUUACAAGAGGAACUCUGAGGCAAGCGGAGAUAUCAUCACCGAGCCCAUGUGCUGGGAAUGAAUGUUUAAAUGGAGUAGACAGUGCCGUGACCGUGGCUGUUCGAGUGAGACCUUUCAGCAAGAGGACACUGAGGAUAUCUCCUGUUCUCUUCAAAAUGAUGCCAGGGACUUUAAUGCCCACGUAAGGACAGCUGGAGCUUCAGUUUAAUGUUGCAAGGGAAGCCAACAACUUUAAUAGUGCAGCAGUUCUACUGUACUUAAAUGGGUUGCCAAUUUAGUUUUUUGUUAUGUUUUGGUGGCUUUUAACAAAAUAAUUGUAAAUAAAAUGCCUGUUUACAUCACAGCUUCAAAGAUCAAACUAUGGUCAUUGGUGCUGUACGUUCAGUGCAGAACAAUCCAGCCAAUAUCCUGGAGAAAGGAAGCAAACGGAUCGACAGAGAACCUACAUCCCAAGUGCAACACCAUGUUGUGACUUGAAAGCUCAAACUUUUGAUUCUAAGAAUGCUAUGAACAGUGUGCUGGCUGGCAUUUUAUAGCAUAGAUUGAAAC